AUGGCUACGGCAUCCAUGCAGGAGGACAGGUUGGAGGCCAUUUCUAUUAGUGACGACGACGACGAUGAUGACAACAUCUCACUCACGUCCACCGUCGAUGAGAAUUUGGCUUACGAUACUGAAUAUCUAGUAAAGGACAUUCUGGCAGAGAGUGAGACCAGCACUGGCGGGCGCUCAUACUUGGUUGAAUGGGCGGACUAUGAACUGCAGCACUGCACAUGGGAGCCGGAAGACCAGAUAGGUGCCGAGAUCGUCGACGAGUUUUGGCACAAACAGAGAGGGCUCCCGGACUACAAGCCCUUUGACAUUGAGCGGUACAAUGAAGCUGUGAGGCGAUGGACUGUGCGUCACAACAGGCGCAAUCAAAAGCGAAGAAGGCUUGGCCUACCGAUGACAAAGCUCGAUAAUCCAUCUUUGGUAGAGGAACAGGAACCGUUUGACACGGCCGAGGAGUCAGACACGCAUGAAGAAGCAAGCACGAGUCCUGCGAGAAUCGCUGGUGAAACGGAGACACCCGAAUUGAGGAAGAGGACGAAGAAUAAGCCAGAUGCAGCUGCCACAAAAAGCACGCCAGCCGUCCAGACGGCCGCUCAGGCGAAGAAGCCAGACCGGGCUACCGAUGGUGCAAAACAGACGGCCACAUCACAGGUCAGAAAUGUGGACAGAGCACACAAGAAGCCGUCAGACUUGGUAGAAGGUCCAUCUGGGCUGACAGCGAGGCGGAAGAUGACCGAAUCGGCAGCUACCAAGACGGCAACAGCGGUGAGUCCGACUAUCGGCAGGACGGCCGGAAAGGCCGGAAGGGCCGGCACGACACCUGGCCUGCUAGCAAAGGCGAGGACAAGCACUGCAAAGUCGGUAGCUUCUGGUCCUACUGAAAGGGCGUCUUUCUCAGCGCGAAAAUCGGGUGCUGCGAGUCGUGCCGCUGUCGUGGGCAAUGCGUUUAUCGACGGCAAGAGGGUGCGCAAAAUGACGACCCUCGAGACGGCCGUGACUGAUUCGUCGCGAAACAGCAUGCUCUUCAACCGGCGCGUCCGGCGAAUUGCAGAGCUCCGAGAGCGUUCUCGCCCAGACGGUGCCAUUGAGGCAGGCGUGUUGUCAACGAAGCUCUUUCCCAUCACACAGGGCCCAGUGCUGUCCAGACAGCAGCAGAGAAAGCAGAAGCAGACGGAGGCUACGGCCACCGCAGUUUCCGAGAAUGGGCCCGAAGACAAGGCACACGAUGACGGAGAGGCGCUACAGAAGGCAAAGAAGCGGAGGACGGUCCGGUUCAUCGUCAGCGACAGCAGCGACAGUGACAGUAAUGAUGGCGGCGGCUGGGACACACCGGCCGAGGAGGACGUGUCUUUCGGGGACCACCACAGCCCAACACACGGAGCUGACCUGACGCGGCAGCCUGGAUCGCCGAUGCACCCUGUACCAACGCAUUCAGUGGAAAGCACAUUGUUGCUGGGGCCUCGGAAGAAGCCGAUAUCUGUGUAUAUCAGCGGGGUGGUACUUCCUGUAGCCAUCUCCGGCAUUCGGUUUAUUGAGCUGCCGCUGGCUGAAAUUCUCGGAAACGAGCCCCUGCACUUUGAGCAUAUCGUCCUGGCCGAGUCAUUGGUGAAACGGUUACAGCAAAUGCACCAGGGUAUGGUAUUUCACGGCAAUGUGGCAGCGACAGCAGCUGCCGCGAGAGAAGAAAAGGAGGACGAAAGCAGUGGUGGAAGCUCGACAGCAGCGCUGGAAACAGCUGCUGAACGGCUGCGGACGAUGGCGUCGGGACUUUUUCUGUCUCGGCCGGGGACGGGUAUGCUUCUGUACCCCGCACAGAGCGAGGACUGGAGGGAUGAGCUGUUUGGAUUCCCGUUGCUGGCAAACACAGCGAACGCACCCCUGCGGUGUGUUGCAUUCCGGAUGCCGAUCGACUUUGGGCCGUACCUGCGCAAGCCAUCGCUACCUGCUGAUGCUGGCUCGCCCAAUGUCGAUCCGGUGCUGGAUGUGCCAGAGGGAAUGUCCAACCGCGAGUACCUGAUGCAGACGUUCUUCCAGCUCGACCGCGCGUCAUAUCUUCCGCUGUUUCCCCAAUACGCGCAACAAGCACAGGGGGGCGUUGGGCGCAGCGUCUUUUUCAUCUUUCCGCCGUCUCUGCUCUUGUCCAUGUACCAGAUGGCAGGGUGGGUGCGGGUGGUCGAUUCGGCGAGCAAAAUAUACCUCUGUUCGCGCCCGGGAGCGUGGCUUGCCUUCCAGGAGGCGGUGACGGGAAAGAAGAAAGGCACGGAAAAGGAAAAGAAUGAGACUGAAGCCGGGGUGGUGGUGAUACACGAGCUGGCGACCUGGUCGGUGCGACGAUUUUUUGGUAUCUGCAACCUCGCAGAGGGAGAGAGCUGCCGGAUCUGGUCGCUAUCGCAGUCGAUGAUACUGCCAGCACUGUUUCCAUCGGAUGGGCAGACAGAUUUUGAGGAAGGCCGGCUGACGCGGCAGCCAGGCCAAGUGUGCUGGACCCAGCUGUUUCCCCACGGCAUGGCAAUCCUGGUGACGCCGAGUUUCCUGGUGGCAGAGCCGCAACGGGCGUACGAUCUAUUUGAGUGGUUCUUUCGGGUGCGACGGCUGGCACCGGGGAUAGCGUUCCAGCUGGUGACGACGUGUGACUUCUGCAGGUUUCUGGAGGUGCUGGCACGAGAAAAGGCGCGACAGCGAGAGAUGAUUCUGGCGAGCCGACAGGCUGCAUCGCUGCGUCUCCGCGAAGAGCGUGCUGCUCAGCUCGGGCUCACACACGACGUGUGCGAGUGCCGGUUCCGGACGUGGCUGCUCGUGCGAGAAGCAUUGCGGCAGUACGAGCGUCCGGAGGGCUGGGUGUUCCGGCGCCAAGACGACGGACCGAUUGUGCAGAUGCCAGCAGCGGUGGACGGAAACGACGAGCAGAGCCUGGUCAACUACUAUGCUGAGUGGGCGACCCGGCGACUGGACAGAUUCCGGGCAUUCUACGUUGUCGGGUCAGACCAAGCCGGCGAAGGAAGCAUAGACAGCGUCAAGCGCAGAAUCCCGAUACCGACGUUUGCAGCUGACACGAAGAUCGAUCCGGACUCGGCGUGGGGAGUGCCUGAAGAAGAAGGCCCGUUGCAGGCAGCAGAAGCAGCAGCCCAACAGAGCCCGAAGCCGAGUGUAGACCCGAAGCUGCCAAGUGCGACUUCGGUGGUGCAGGGACUGACGUCCUACUUGAUGCAGUGCAAUUCAGGGCCGGAGUUCUGGCGCUUCUACGGCUUCCCGGUGUUGUGGAUGGAUGGCGCGGAGUCGGUAGCAUUUCCGAUGCACGGCUACAAAUGCAGCAUCUCGGACUGGUUCAGCUAUUCGUGGUCGUUUCUGACUAGGAUCCACAACUUCCGCAGCUAUGUUGGCCUUUUCUUCACGCCAGACCACGAGGACGCAGGAGAGGGACAGAAACAGGAGCAUCCGGCUAGAAGGGAGUACGGGCGCCAUGCGUGGGUGGCAGUCUACCGGCCAGAGCACGCGCACAAGCGGCCAUUCCGAACGACAGAGAUCAUCAUCUGGGACCUGCGAGCGGCGACACGAUUGGCUGGCAUGACAGAGCUACGCGAGGAGGACCUGACAGCGGCACAGCAGAAGCUGAUUGGGUACGUACGCCAACAAGGACCAGACAAAAACCCGGGCCUCGACCUGGUGAGUGUCUGGAUCGGCAGCCAGCUCUUUGACCUUGAGAAAGGAGCGGGAAAAGAGGGAGAGCCGAGGCCGCAGAAGCAGGCGCGCUUUGUGCAGCCGGCAGCCGAUGACAGCGAGCUGCACGUGACGAUGCAGUAUUUGGACAGCCUCGUGCGGUCUUUCAAGGACGUGCUGCCGGCGACGGCUAAUUACCUGCAGGAGCGCGGAUACCGACCGGUGCGGAUGCGACGAGAGACCAGAGGGGCUGAUGGCAGCAACGAGACAAAGGCAACCGCGAAAACGAAGCCGAAGAAGCGGACAGAGUCGUUUGACGAGAGCGACGAGGGCGGAGAGGCCAUCGACGAUGGGGGGCCGGCCGGUGACCGAGUCGUGAUCCAUCCUCCACGCGGCCACAGCCAGCAGAAGCAGCAGCAGCAGCAGGAGCAGCAGCGACCGGUUCGGCGGUCUCGCUGCAGCAACGCCCUGUUUGAGGCCGUGCAGAGAAUACGGCGAUUCGACGCCCAGGCGACGACAAUGUCGUUUGUCUUCCGACCGACGACAGAGUGGUAUGGCGAGCAGAUGGAAGAGGGCCGCGGCUUUGAGCAUCUGCACGUCGUCGGGUCACAGGCCUUCUUCCGUUCUUUCGGGGGGAAGGGGCACUGA